GGCUGCAGGCAGACCCGCGGAGAGGCAUUAGGAGAUGGGGAUUAAGUUAGUCUCCACAGACUUACUUAGCCUGAAAGACCUCAUGAACGAGGGUUUUGCAGCAGCAAAGACCUCUGAUGAAAAGAUAGGGAGGGGAGUGACAAAGGUGGCACAAACGUCUCAUGGUCGGAUGAUGGAUUGGGAAAGAGAGGUUGAACAUCUGAAGAAGGAGAUAGAAAGGCAAGGCAAGGAGAUUGACACUGUGAAGACUGAGAUUGUGGACAUCAGGACUGAGAAUGGAGCCCUCAAGUUGGUCAAUCUGACCCUUAAUAAAGUCAACGACGUUCUGAGGGGGCAGCUCCAGGCACAACAAACCUCCUUCCAAGCUAAGGAGGUUGAAUGGGAGAAGAGGUUGAAGGAUAUUGAGGUCAGAUGUGCUCAGCAGGUGCCUACAACAGCGGUGGAUUGGACUGAGGUCCAAAGCUUUGGAAUCAAGGGGCAAUCAGCUGAGGACCUCUUCAAGCAUCAGAAAAAGGAGGCAGAGUGGGAGAGAAGAUUGAAGGACAUAGAGUCCAAGGUGGAUUGCCAGGUUCCUGCUGCAGUGGUAGAUUGGGCAGAGGUCCAGGGAUUUGAGAUCAGGAGUCAUCCUGCAGAAGAGCUCUUCAAGUACAAGAAUAAGGAAGAGAAGGCAGACCAGCAAAAGAAUGAGGAAAUUCCCCUGCUAGACAAGGAGAUGUUAGAGCCUCAGGAGAAGCUAGCAGGAAAGGAAUUAGAUGCUAGAGAGUUUGAGUGGAGGAUGUCGACUGGUUUGACACUUGAGCAGGAGCCAAUGAGGCAAGAGGAGAGGCCACCAGCAGAGGCAGCGAGGGAUGAGGAUGCCCCACCUACGACUCAGGGAGAGACUGUGGGACAGCAGGAGGUUCUGGGGAGUGUGGGUCAGGACUUGAUUGAGGCUGAGCUGAGAGGGGAUCUGAAGGUUUGUCAGGAGUCCACCACACCUCAGGAUAUGCCUCUUGUUGCAGGUCUGGAGGAUGCAUUGGGGUCUUUGGCGACUUGAUCUGGGCCAGAGGGGCGAGUUAGUGAGAAGGUGGCGCAGACAGAUGACAGAGCAGCAUGUCCCACUCCCCUAGAGGUUCCACAACAGGAGGUCACGAGUAAGGUUACGGCAGCCUCCUCAUCUGUGCCCUCACAGGAAAGAGGCAAGGUGGAACAAAAGAGGGUUGGAAGG